AUGGCUCCCAUCACCAAGACUCUCGCCCUCGCUGGCGCCUUCUUCGCCAUAACCGGCUACUCUGCCCCCGUCGCCAAGCGCGCCGUCGUGUGGGAGACUGUCACCGAUGUUGUAUGGACUACCAUCGAUGUCACCACCACUCUCUACCCCAACCAGGCUCCCACUGCCACCAUCGUCCCUGUGGCCGCCCCUGCUGUCCCUACUACCACUACCACUGCUGCUGCGGUUGUGACUCCCAGUGAGACUCCCAGCGAGACUCCUGAGGAGACUCCCGAGCAGAAGAAGGUUGCCCCCACUAGCACCAGCACCACCGAGGCUGCUCCUGCUCCCACCGUCCAGGUGGAAACUUCUUCCGCUGCUCCCGCUCCCGCUCCCACCGAGGAGUCCAGCGCUGCCCCGGCUCCCGUUGCCACCACCUCCACCUCCACCACUCCCGCUGUCGCCGCCAACACUCGCUCUGCUGACACCGAGAGCACCGCCAGCACCGGUUACACCGGCGCUUGCUCCGAGGGCUCCCCAUGUGAUGGCAUGAUCACCUUCUACGACACUGCCACCACUUCCACCAACCCCAGCUCUUGUGGUACCACCAACGACGGAGCCUCCGAGAACGUUCUCGCUCUCCCCGUCGGUAUCAUGAAGGACGGUGACUGCGGCAAGACCGUGACCAUCACCUACAACGGCCAGACCGCCACCGGUACCGUCGUUGACAAGUGCAUGGGCUGCGACGACACCUCAAUUGAUCUGUCCCGUCACCUCUUCGGUCAGCUCGCUUCCAUGGACGCUGGUCGUGUCUCCGGUGCCAAGUGGUACAUUCACUAA